AUGAACCCCUUGCUGGCAAGAUCAGUGAUGAAGCGUGUGGUAGCCGGCGGUAGCUGCCGCCGCCACUUCUCGUCAUCCUCGGCGGCGGUGAUCCGCGCGCCGACGCCUUUUGGCGCGUUGACUGGGGUGCAUCCGCGGGGGUCACGCAUGGUUCUGAUCGGGUGGAGGCGGAUGAUGAGCACCGAGGCGGAGCGUUCUUCUACCUCGGCGGUGGUGGAGAAGGAAGACAAGAGCAACGUCGCGGUGCCGGAGAAAGGCGGCUUGGUGGUGUCGAGCUACUGGGGAAUUUCAAAGCCUAAAAUCACCAGAGAGGACGGCACAGAUUGGCCUUGGAACUGUUUCAUGCCAUGGGAAACAUACCGGGCAGACAUGUCAAUUGAUCUGAACAAGCACCAUGUUCCAAAGACAUUAAUUGACAAAGUGGCAUAUCGGACUGUGAAACUGCUUAGAAUUCCGACCGAUCUGUUUUUUCGGAGGCGUUACGGGUGCCGUGCAAUGAUGCUGGAGACGGUGGCAGCAGUUCCGGGAAUGGUGGGGGGGAUGCUGCUGCACCUCCGGUCCCUGCGCAAGUUCCAGCAGAGUGGGGGCUGGAUAAAGGCGCUGCUGGAGGAGGCUGAGAAUGAGCGGAUGCACCUGAUGACUAUGGUUGAGCUUGUUCAGCCCAGAUGGUAUGAAAGGCUGCUCGUCCUCACCGUGCAGGGAGUCUUCUUCAAUGCCUUCUUUGUGCUCUACCUCAUGUCCCCCAAGCUGGCCCACAGGGUUGUUGGCUAUCUGGAGGAGGAGGCCAUACACUCUUACACGGAGUACCUCAAGUACAUUGACAGUGGUGCCAUCGAGAAUGUUCCAGCCCCUGCUAUUGCCAUCGACUACUGGAGGCUGCCUAAGGAUGCAAAGCUCAAGGAUGUGAUUGAGGUUAUCCGUGCAGAUGAGGCGCACCACCGUGAUGUCAACCAUUUUGCUUCAGACAUUCAUUUUCAGGGAAAAGAACUCAGGGAGGCUCCAGCUCCUCUUGGAUAUCACUAG